CCGAUCAUAUGGCAAAAGACAACAUGACUGAACAGGAAAAGAGCAAAAAGCGAAAGAGGCAGAAUGAGGCUCAGGGCGGCUCGAGCAAAAAGGCGGCAACCGGUGCGCAAUUGCGUUAUGCCAGUGUGAAGGUGAAGCACGUCACACCGGAGGAGAAUGCUUUGGGUCCGAUUGUUGCUGCUACGCCUGGUAUAUCCGCACCAGAGGGCAUUACGUUCACGCCAUGGCGGAGGACUGUAGUAUCAAAGUCGACGGAGAAGAAGCGGCGACAGAUUCUUCUUCAGAGCUCACAACACGGCCGACUGGAUUUCAUAGCGCAAGAAGAGCAGUCCGGUGGACCACAGGGUAAUAUGAGGCACUACAUUGGAGUCUUUGACCCUUCGGCGGGUGAAUUCACCAUCACUGAAUGUCACAAGGUCACCCUGCGAAGCACACUGCGUCAAACGCAGGAAGAGCUUGACGACGCAGAACACCGUGAGAGGCAGACCUACGCUUCUAUGCGUAUAACUCUGGGACAAGAGUUUGGCACCAAGAAAGCAAAGAAGGUCAUUGCUGACCAGACGGUCAACGCGAUCGCUCAAAGUAGGCCUGGAGAAACGGCACCACCAGUCGAUGCCGCGCAGCUGGCCAUGCUUGACACGCUGAACGUUAAAACGGAUGGCAUGAUGACGGCUGAAGAAAGGGAGGUGGAAUCCAACAAGGCAAAGCCGCGACCGGAUCCAAACAUGGAGGCCACCAAACCAAAGGACGCGUACCCUGUCACGAGUUUGGUCAGCGAAGACGAUUUAUCCUUGGUUCAAGUUCGUGACUGGCAAGCAUCCGCCAAGGAGGGCAAGAACAUGAAGCUGCCGAUGCGCUAUGUCGCGAGGCGUUUGCAGAAGGUGGCCUCAAGCAAAGACACGAACAACCUUAAGUUGCUCAAGUACCUCAACAUCAUGCUUGUGUGGUUUAUGGCGUUGGACUCGAAUCGAAGCGGGAAGAGGAUUCCGCAAAGAGAGAAGCUGAAGGAGAAGGUGGACGCCCCCGGUGCCAUCCUCGAGUCGCUGCGCAAGAAAUUCUCCGACGGAAGGGAGAUGACCAAAUGGCACGUCGACAAGUUCAUACUGCACACGUGCGCCAUUGCUCUACAUAUCGACAACUUCGAGCUCGAUACGAUAGACCUGCAGGAGGAUCUACGCCUGAAUCCCUCCACCAUGCAACAAUACUUCCAGGAGCUUGGCUGUCGUGUCAGCGCCCCGACGGCGGCUCAGAGAGAUAUGUGGAAGAUCAACAGCAAGGAGGCAGCAGCACAUAGAGUCGCAAAGUUGAGGUUACCGUUGGAGUUUCCCAAGCCGAGGACGGGAAGGAGUGGCAGGGGAAGGUGAAAUCGCAGCACUUCAACACUACAAAGAACCAAACAGGGCAAUGUCAUGUACAUGAGAGACGGGCGAUGAACGCAAUUCAUAAACGCGCCUAGUUUCGUCUGGGGCAAGUUUCUCAUUCUCAAUUUUCAUCCGCCACGCUGGAAGCGGAAGUGUGCACAAG